AUACGGCCUGACUUCUUUUACCUCGUGUUGCCUUGGAAUACCUCAUUUUCCUGUUCUCUCGUCCUUCCAUCCUGAAUUCAAGGCUGCAGGGUCAUGGCGAAUUGGCCUCCUCUUGCUCCAGUUCCACCGCCCGAGGUGCAGAGCGCCAUACCCUCGCAGGAAUGGGAGCUCUAUAUAGAUGCAUGGGUCUUGCUUCUCGGUCUACGCAUAGAGGCGUCUGAUGCGCAAUUCCGCAAUCUCGCGCCCAACGAUGAAUCUGCAGUUUCAUUCUUGACAUCAUUCUACGCUCUAUUAUCUGCACCGGGUACGCCUGGUCUUCAUGCAGGUACCAAGGCGAAGACGUUACGGAAGCUCAGUUUUCUGCUGACGAGGCGAUAUCUACUGGAGCUGGCGGGCUCGCCUGCCGAGCUUCUUGAGUGGAAGUAUCUGGGGAGUCUAAGUUGUUGCUACCCCUCUAGCUCGGCUGCGAAGAAGCUGCUGUCCGAUGUAUGGAACAAACACGAGCCCACGAUAUCUUCCAGCCUAGAGAAGGCCAAGUCCACGAUCAUCAAGCAGCUCUCCAUCAUGAAUGCGGCCAAGUCUUCAGGUAUCAUGUCGGACAUUCGCACAUUGACAAUCCUGGUGUCUGCACUUCCUCAAUCCGGUCCGACACUUAUGGCCGGUGCGGAUUACCUCGACACAUUCUCCGAUGCGUAUCAAGCGCAUCGAAGAGAUGAUAUCCGUCGAGUCCUCGUGGCAAACAUAUACGUUGGUCUAGUUUCUCUACUGAAAGGCCCCCAGCCCAACCUUUCACUGCUACUCGAUCAACUCUUCAGCCUGAAAGCCAGCGCCGGCGCCGGCAACUCACAGACCAAAAAGGAAGCUACUCUUCUCUCCGACGUCAUUUGUAGCUCUGAUCUGCUAGUCCGACUGGAGAGAUACCUACUCUCGCAUCCGCAGAAGCGCGGUCAGGAUCUUGUUUCCAGUCUGCGCGCAUACCAGGCCGACUCGAAAGUCUUCCAUCAUCGGUAUCAAAAGCAGAAGAAGAACGUCGACAAGGGUAAAGGCCGGGCGUCGGAUCUCCCUCGCCCUGAAGAGCUUCACAUCCACAAGAUGUCCCUCGUUACCCAAGUCCAAGACCUCUUCCCCGACUUAGGCUCUGGCUACAUUGUGCGCCUUCUCGACCAGUUCGACGACAACCCGGAGACCGUCGUCGCGCAUCUCCUCGACGACUCCAUACCGUCGCAUCUGCAAACCCUCGACAAAUCCGAACAACUCCCCACCACCUCCUCUACGAUCCCUCACGACCCGCUCCCACCCAAGUCCACGCCCCCCUCAGCCACACCGGAACCCAUCCCAACUCGCAAGAACGUCUUCGACUCCGACAUCGACCUCGCCGAGCUGGCGCGCUCCGACGGCGGCGGCAAACUGCACUUCGGCGGCCCCGACCCCAACCUGACCACCGAAACCGUGCUCAACGACCGCAGCCAGCACGCGACCAACAAAGCCGCCAUCCUCUCCGCUCUGGCGACCUUCGACUCGGAUGACGACGAACGCGACGACACCUACGACGUCGCCGACGUCGGCGGCACCGUUGACGCCGCAACUACGAACACCGACGCCGACGCCGACGCCCGGAAGACCGCCGAGGAUCUGGACCUGACGCUUUUCCGUGCCUACAAGGCCAACAGCGCCCUGUUCGCCCGAGACUCCGCCACCCGGCGCUCGCAGCCCCGCGCGUCCCUGAAGCGCGAGACCGGAAUGACCGACGAGGCCAUCGAGGGCUGGGCAGUGAUGCUGACCCGAGACCCGAAACGUCUCGCCCGUCUCGAAGACAAAACGUCCUUCGCUGGCGGCGGCGGCGGCGGACCCGGUGGCGCCAUCGCGCAGCCAGAACUUCGCCCGACGGCGUACCGCAAGCCAGGACCGAAAGGCGACGACGACGAGAGCGAACCGGACGAACCUUCCGGAUCCACAUCUAGAGGCAGAGGCGGCUCCACGCGCGGCAGAGGCCGUGGUGGUGGUCGACGAGGUGGCGGCGGAAAUCGUCGAGGAGGAGGCGCAUCCGGAGACCAGAGCAGUAACAAUAACGGUAACACGGCCGCCUCGCGACAAAGAAAAGAAGAGAACAAAUCCAGUCGAGCGAAUCAUAAUCGACGACAGCAGAGAGCGAAGAAGGUAGCCAGGGCUGGGGGCAUGGUUGGAUAAUUGAUUUGAGUUCCAUCCAGUGAUGAUUGUUAAUGCCGUCACGAUGCCACAUGGGUUACUUAUGGAGGUGCUUGCGAGCCAUGCAUGUACAUUCGAUCGAGUCUCGCUUUUGAAGCGAGCUUGCCUACUAGUAAAUAGGUUAUCUACGAUGUUGACACUUGAUACUCGAUACUUGAUACUUGAUACUUGA